GGAGGCUGCACAGGACCACGGGGAGUUACUGCUGCCUCAGGUUGGGGGGAAGAGGAGAGUCCCUGAAGAAAGAUGCGGUUGGGUGGCAAGUCCUGCCUGUAAAGUGCUACAAACCAGCAAAUUAGAAGCCGAGGGGGUUGCUUUUCCCGUUAUUCAGGUGGGAUAUAUUUGGGUAGGGACCGGCGUAGCAUCAACUUUUGACAGCUGUUGUGCUGGGAGGGAGCCUCCUGCCCGGCCGCAGAGGAUGGGCUCCAUCACGCCAACGUGCAUUUUCAUCUCUGCUGGCCAUGAGGCUAAAAAAUGCCGAUUCACAUGACCCAGGCACGGAGGCUUCCAAGCUGCCUCCGUCUCUCCCAGUAGCGGAGGAAGGAGAAGGCGGUGCUGAAAGCCUGCCGAGACCCAAGGUGGGAAGAAAUCUUGGCCGGGCAGUUCCCAAACUUUUUUUGGACCAGGAAUUUACAGUGACUGAACUCCCCGCCAUGGAAGCCUCCACCUGGCAGUACUAUGGAUAUUUACAGGAUGACACAAGUCAGGCGAGGGGGAGAGACUGCGCGGCUUCCCGGGGAGCCUCUGCGGGGACGUGUGAGGAUUAUACUCUGCUGCAACUCAGCCAGGAGGGCCUGGGGCACGGGCUGGAGAGGGGGGACAUCCCCGACCCCCGGAGCGACACGCAAAGCCCUGCCAAGAGGUCCGAGAUGAGGAGCAGCGGGCAGAGGGGGCCGUGGGGGCUGGAAGGGGACCCGUGCUGGGAAGAGCACCCCGCUUCCAAAGGGUGCAGGAGAGGGGAGGAGGGAGAAGCCCCUCCGAAGGUGUACGAAAUGGAGUUUGGGGCCGGGCGAGCGGGCAGGGGCAGGACGGUGAAGCCGGUGGUGUACAGGCUGGAGGAGAGCGAGUACAGGCGCCUGAUCGAAGAGGCAGAGGCAGAACCCGAGGAGGAAUGGGAAACAGAGCAGAAGGUACCUGCGGUUCAGGAGGGCUACCAGGGGGAUGGGAAGGUGGCAAGUCCCAACCUCAACAGGCUCAACUCUUUCCAAGGAGUCCUGAGGAGGCAGAUAAGCCGUUCGGACUCGGAAAGCAGUGCAGAGAACAGGCAAGUGAAUAAACUGACCCGGAACUCUCCCUCGGAGAGAAACAAACCGAGUGUCCCCAUCAGGUCGGAUAGCUUCGAGCUCAUGGAUUACAUUUUGCAAAGCAAACAGGAGGCAGCAACAUCUCUUUCCUAUGUCCCCAGAGAAAGCAGCAGAGCAGCCGAGAGCUUCAGGCAAGCGGUGAGCUUCACCCCCCAGCCUGAUGGCACCCCGGACCUUUGCCAAAACGGCCAGACCAGCGAGGAGGAUCUGGCCAGGAAACCCGAGCCAGACAAACAGGUAGCAAAAAGCCUCGAGAGGAUGGUCUCUGCGGCUGCAAAUUAUGCCUCGGUGCCUAGAGGCUUUGAAAAACUUCCGAGACAGAGCAGCAGCCAGCUCCUGGAGAGCAGGGAACAGCUCGGGGGUGAAGUAGAUGUAGGGAUGCUCGAUUCGUACUGCCCCAAAAAAACCCCCCCGGCCCCUCCCGUCAGGUCCCACAGCAAGGAGAGCCUGGCUUUGAGCAUGAGCAAGACCGUGGCGAUGACCGAGGCGCUGCUGGAGUCCUGCGGCGAGGCGGCCAAGCCUGCCAAGGAGCAGUGGGCAGCUGCCGGCGCGGAGCAGCUCGCUGGAGGCAGGACUGCAGGAGGAGGGGGCUCGGAGGAGCCGGAGCGGAAGGGGAGGAAGAGUCAGGAGGAUGAGAACGUGCUUAAAGUUGCCGACGCAAAGAAAACCUUCGAAAAGCCCAAGGCGGCGGAGGGGAAGGCAGCGACGCCACCGGCCAGCGUCACCAGGAAAGCACCUUUGGUCCAACUUGAUCCUAGACAGCAGGGAGAGAAACAGAACGAGAUGGCAAAAGGAUUCAAAACUGGUUGAAUGAUGAGGACAAGACUAGGAUAUGUGAUGAGUGUAACAUGGAGAGCUACAGGAGCCCCAGCGCCAAACCUCACGUUACCUCUCACUGCUCAAAGCCCCCACUCAUUACCUGCUGCCUGGCUGAUUGAUUUUUUUUCCUGCUGUUCAGAAUGAUAGGAAGCAUCAAUCCCAGGAUAUUCCUGUUGUAAAUAAAAUACAGCUUGCUUUUUUUCA